CAUUCUCACGGUUUGUUUUUGGUUCUGUUUGUUUGGUUCGCACCUAGUAUUUAAAUGAUACACCAGAUAUUGUUCAGAUUUUGGUCAGUCGUCAUUAUGAAUCCGAUCGAACAAUAUUAUCAUCGGACAAUCAUCAUGUCAUUCGAUCAUCAUGAAUGUUUUGCAAAAAACAAUGCAAAUAAUGCUUGGUGUGAAUGGAUCAAAACUUCAAAUCAUAAUAAUCAUAAUGAAAUGAUGACAAUGAUGAUGAACAUCAGUACUAAUCAAUUAGGUGGUUCAUUUAGCAAUGGUAAACCAUUAUCAUUUGAUUCUCGUUUGAAAAUAUUAGCCAUGUCAUUGAAAGGAUAUCGUCCUUGUGAUAUAUCACGUCGAUUAUUAAUAUCACAUGGUUGUGUUAGUAAAAUAUUGGCUAAAUUCAAUAAAACUGGUUCAAUAUUACCCGGUACAAUAGGUGGAAGUAAACCACGAGUAUCAACACCAUUGGUAACGAAAAAAAUCAACGAAUAUAAAAUGGAAAACAAUUCACUGUAUGCAUGGGAAAUACGUGAAAAACUUUUGAAUGAACAAAUUUGUUCCGGUGAAAAUCUGCCAAGUAUUUCAUCAAUCAAUCGAAUAUUACGAAAUCAAUCAAAUAAUCAAACAAAUCAUGAAUUGAAUUGGCAAAAUCAAUGGAUCAAUUGGCUGUAUAUGAAUUCUAAUCACCAACAACAAAAAUUGCCAACAAAAAGAGACAACAAUAUUUUAAUGAAAAAUCGAUUCCAAAAUAAUAUUUAUUGUUCAAAACAGGCAAAAAUCAAGAAGAAAAAAAGUUUUCUCAUCAAAGAUCUAUUAGAAUCGACAACAACAACAACAACAAAAAUCUAAGUAAUCAACAAAAAAAAAACUCGAAUAGCAACGCCAUCUAUCGACGACUGUAUUGAAAAAUUUUAUUUUUUCAAAACAAAAAAAAUCAAAAUUCAAAAAUGAUCUUAUGAUCGUUGCAUUGAUCGUUUUAUCUUUUUUUUUGCCAGAAAAAAAAACAACGACAAUGAUGAUAAUUUUAAUCAAAUUCAGCAAACAAAAAAAAAAUCGCUAUAUUGAUUAGCUGGAAUCAAUCAAGGUCAGGAAAAAUCGCAAUCUAUGCCAACCAUUCAUUUCAUUUCAAUAUAGCCUUGAUUGUACCGAAAUCCUACUAUCAUCCACAUACGACAUUGACAUUAUUAUUUUCCUUUUUCUUUCCUUCUUUAACAUUUGUCAUGAAGAAAAUCAUUACCAAAUAACCAACCAACCAAAUAACCAACCAACCAGCCAACCAAACCCAAU